AUUCCCACUCUAAAGAGGUCGUAGUAUCACAAGAAGAUGACGAAUCCGUCUCCGAAUACGAGUUAUACGAGGAAGACAUGUCCGAAGGGAACCUUUGCCUCAAAUUUCGUUCACUUGUCACAGAAAGUCAAACUUUAGUCUUUUCCGCCAAAGUUCUGAUGGUGGAUCUUGUUUUAAUCAGCGCAAUCAUUGCCUUUGGAGGAAACUUUUGCGAGGCUUCUUUAAAGGCCGUAACGGAAGAGGAUGCCUAUGGAGUAAAACCACCCACUGCUUGCGAAGUGUGCAAGAUCGUUGCAAUCGAGUUUAUAGACCGAUUUAAAGAAACCUCGAGUUUUGGAGUUAUUGACAUCGACUACGGCACUGAAGAUAGACGGCAGCUUCCAUAUGCAACUUCUGAGUUACGCUUGAUCGAGAUUCUCCAAGAACCUUCUCUUUGCGAUAGGAUGUUGAAGUACAGAGUCCACAAAGAGCGCACUGACAGUACCCGAUUUGAAAAACGAGUUCCACAAACAUUCGAAGUAUUGAAGGAGUUAAUAGGCCGCGGUGUAGAAGUUAAAACGGACGUCCCUCAUGAGCUCUGGGACUCACCUUCAGCGGAGAUUACGUUGCUUCAAAAAUCCUGUCAAAUACUUUUAGAAGAAUACGAAGGAGUUAUUGAAGACUGGUUUUACAAUCACCAAGUCGACGAACCUUUUGCCACCUUUCUCUGUGCCAACCAUGUGCUGAAGGGCCUUCCAUCUGGUAAAUUGUGUUUCUAUUGCUCUAUUUCGAAAAAUUAA